AUGUCCUCGCCAAACACCACUCCAUCUCCUCGAACCGCGGGUUCUGCACCGUCUGCCGAGCCCCAACACCCACCGGCUUCUCUCCCCAAGAAACAGCACAUGAGCAUCGACUUCUUGACCUUCCCGGAGCCGUCUCCUCAGCCUCUGGAAACUGUACCUGUGGGCUCGUCUGUCGGCAUACAGGGAGCGGUGGGUACGCGUAGUGGUCGUGAUGGUGGUUUGGGCGGUGGUCAUCAAGAUUCGGGUAAGGAUCGCGAUAUGGAUAUGGAGGAUAUCGAUGAUACAAUCGAUGGAGACGACACCAUGGACGGCCCCAUGGAUAUCGACACGGACACGGACAUGGACAUACAUCCCCAUCUAACAACCCACAUCCCAGCCGCUGACGACUGGGAGGCUAUCGUGGCGUACGUCUACGGCUCUCCUACUCCUUCAUCAUCGACACCUCCCUCCGACACAUCAUCUAUACACUACUCUCUCCUUCCCUACCCAACCGCACGUCCUCCCCCGCGCCCGCCGCCGGGGCUUGUGCAUCCUUCUCUCAGGGCGCGGGAGCAAGUGGGCGGUGUAGAAUGGGGUGUUGACGAUCAAGCGGCCGACGAGAGGGAAGUGCGGAGGAUGAAAAUCAGUUCGAGAUUUGCGCGCAGGGGUGCAGAAGGUGGGGGCGUGCGGUUUAGGAUGAGGAGGUGGAGUGAAGGAGGUGCGAGGGGGAAGCUGAACUCGAACUCGAACUCGCUCUCUCCCUCCCCUUCCACUUCUUCACACGCACACGCACAUGCACAUGCACAUGCACAUGCACAUGCACAUGCACGUGCACAAUCCUCACCCAUCUCACCACCCCUACGACCUCCCACCCCCGCUUCCACAUCCACCUCCCUCCUCUCCAACCCGCCCGACUCUUUCCUCUCACCCGACCUCGACCUCGACCUCGACCUCGGCCCCCCAGACCAAAGACCCGCGCACCUCUGGGCCAAGAUGGCGAGCGUCCUGCAUCCCGCGAUGCAGUACUCGCUGACUCACCCUAUCCCACCACGCCACAACAUAGCGCUACCGUUGCGCAAUCCAAAGAAAGCAGACAUCGACUUCUCCAUGGAGAAACGAGCCACACACGAUUAA